CUCCGAAACUCUCACCCUCAGAAGCUCUGAGAGCCAUUUUUGUUUCAUGGCAGAGAGCACGGCAGCUCUCAUUUCAAUGCUCUCAGAAGGGACUCGGUAAAAGACACCUGAAGUCCUUAUGCAUACCAGCUGUGAAGGUGCACCAUGAAUUUUGAAGAGCAGGGCAUGGGGAGGGUAGUCCAUUCCUGGGCCAGAUUUGCCCCAGCUGGACACACUGCCCUCGAAGAGGCCAUGAGGGUCUUUAACCCCAUGUCCAAGGAUCUGUCGAACACUGAGAGACAAAUGAUGACCUUUCUUCAAGAGCUGAGGAAAGAAGGAGCCAAGCCUGUAAUUUUGAGGAGCAAAGAUGUGUACGGAUACACGUCUUGCACCACGGAGCCAAUCUCUUCCAAGAUUGGCAGCAAGAUUCAGAAGGUGCAGAAACCUUGCAAGAAGCGAGCACGGAAAGGUUUGGGCAAAAUCAAGGAUGUGAAUUACUCGAUGCUCAGUAGAGCGGCAAAGGACAUUCUCCAAAACCAACCCAAGAUUCUGCUUACCAAUCUCUCGGUGGACCGCCUUAAGCAGAAUGUUGCAAAGGCAAUGCUAGAUAAACAUUCCGUUCAAGCGCAACAGUGCCUCAAGCUAACAAACAUAAAGGGUUUGAGCGGAGGCCACACAGCAAGGUUGCAAAUUCACUUUGGUGCAGAUUCGAAAAGCGCACCCAGUUUUGCUGUGGGACGGCCACCAGAUCGCUCUGGAAUUCCGUACUCUCCCACAGAAAAUGGCAGUCAUACAUCGAACGUAGUUGCCUUGGACAACAAACGCAUUUUGUCAUGUCCGUUCAAAGUAGAUGAUGCCCUUAUUGGAGACUCAGCCCCAGUAGUCUGUCAAAAUGGGUUUGGUCUUAAAGAUGGUAGCAUUUAUAAGAACAUCGAAAUGGUAUCAGGUAAACCUGAUGUGAUGACCAGUGGUCUGGACAAUGGUUCAGUGAGGAGACUCCAUUUUCAAAGCUUCAACUGGUCCCAGUCGACACUCGCCAAUGGACAAGACGUUUCUAGACUGAAUGGGAAUGGUCUCGAGUGGAAGGUUAUAAAAGUCGACGAUUCUGUCACAGACGAGGAGGUGAGGAGGAAGGCACAGAAAAUCUUGCAAGUUAACUUGUCGCCUGUGAUACAGAUCCAUCCCCUUCUUGACUCUGUAUAGACUUUUGCUGGGGAUUUGUUUUUGUUUCCUCUUUUGUUAAGUUUUCUUGUUUUGCAGAGUUGCAUUUUCUUGGAAACGAACCCUAGGUUAACUCUGGAUGGGAGCAUUAUGGUUACCUCCAAAUUUUGCAAUUAUCGUCAAGUAGUUACUGACAUCAUAAUCCAAAGAUGGGAUGCUUUUUUUCCUGCUCUCACAGUAUUUUGUUUCCCCAACACAUCCCAAACUUUUUUGUAUUUUUUUAUCUAACUUCUGAAGGAUUGGACUGAUAAACAAACCCUUAUUUAUGACUAUGCAGUUCCCAGAGUGCUCCUUUUGUUGGAAUAUUGUGGGCAUGGACUGCUGUCUUACUGGAUAAUGGGAACAGACUGAAUUUGUAGAGUGAUUUAUUACAUGCUACUGCUUGAAAAGACAAUGAUAGCCUAAACUAAGUUGAUCCUUAUGGUUUUCUACAUCCUUCGAUCCUGUUGAUGUCAAUGUUGCCCAUGUUUUUUUUGUUGUUGACAUCACCAGUUUUGUAAUAUGUUAGUCUGCCGGCAUAGACUGCAUAUAUUUUGGUUUAGAUUCUAACAUGUUCAAUUUGGGGGCACUUUUUUGGAAUAUUAAUUUAAUUUCAGGGCAAAAUAAAUGGCCUUAUUCUUUGAGAAGAGUGAAAAAUAACAGAAUCUUUGUACUCUUUCCUUCUCAAUGUACUCGUUUCAUUCUGCAAUCCACUACUCAUAAAUUUUUCAAAUUUUUAUUUUAAUGUGCCAACCCUGGUAUUUCAUUUCUUCAAAGUUGUGUUGGUGCCAUGAACACAAGGAAUUGAAAAAACAAACAAACAAAAAUUGCUUCAUUUUCUGAGUUCUCAGCCUCCUGUCAAGCAGUGGACUUGCCAGUCCAUUGACUGAACGUACCUCAAACACUUGAAUAGGAUAAUGUUGUUGUCCUUAAACCUGUAGUUAAUUAUGUAUAUCUUUCAUUCCAUACAUCCAGGAGUUGGUUGGUCCAUGUGUCUGUUUAAAUUGUUGCCAUCUUGAUUGCCUUCUACACAUUUAACCAGAUUCUAAAAAUUAUAAUCUGAUCUCCAAUACAGUGGUCUUGAUCCAGCACUAAUUAAAGUGACUUCUAAUGGUAGUAUCUUAUUGGAGAAGGCAAAAUGCAUUCAGGUUGUCCAUCAAGUCUUGCUCAAGAUAUUUGAUUAAUGUCAAUUUUCUGUCUCACCAGGUUUCAUUUGUUGAGGAUGUUCAUGAUUUAUGUGCAUAGAGCAAGGCACAACAGGAUGGAAAUUUGCUUCUUAUGCGCAAAAGGAGGAAGAGAUACGUGAAAUUGAAGUUAGCAUUCUGCAACGCCUAAGACCUUUGAUUUAUACUUUUUUUUUCUUUUUUUCCCCAAGCUAAAGUAGACUAUGGCAAUGCAGCAGUUUAUUGGUGCCACAAGGCAAUUGAGAUUUAAAUCGUUAGUUAACCAAAAUAUUGGUCCUUUCAUCCACGGUGCAAAAUACAAGCAGAAUUUAUUUUCCUGUUUUUCAGUUUUUAUUUCCAUCCAGUUGAAUCUGUGACACUCAAAAGCUGUAAAUGUCAGUGUUGUAUCUUUAGUUACUGUUAUCGAGUUGUGAAUUAAAAUAUGUUUGAGAAAUG